GCUCCAUGCACGGGGAGCCCGACGUGGGAUUCGAUCCCGGGUCUCCAGGAUCGCGCCCUGGGCCAAAGGCAGGCGCCAAACCGCUGCGCCACCCAGGGAUCCCCAUACUUAUUUUAUAUUAAUACAGGAAACAGAAGAAUUCUGAGAACUAGGAAUGCAGAAGUACGCUAUAAACCAGACAGGCAGAGGGACCCAGCAGAGACUAGCAAAGGCUGUAAGUCAUCACAUUCCAUGGAAACACCCAGAUGAAACCAGAUGAGAAAGCUCUUCAACAAUGCUCCUAAACCAACUGCUGGGACUACUGAACUCAGAAACACGGCAAGGCUCUUCAAAUUUCACCUGUCCAAAAAUAAUUCAUUAGUUUCACCUUCAAAUCCUACCUCUCCCCCACCUAAUUCUCUAACAUUUAUCUCAUCCUUGCGAUGGAAAUAAUUUUGAACUGUAUUCAGUACUGGAAAAGUAUCAGCUGGCAGGCCUGCUGAAGAUCUAUUUGCAUAAGGAAUCUUCCCAAAGCCCUUCACCAAGAGAAAAGGAGCUAGGAAGAGAUUGUAUCUGAAAUAUGGCUCAGAGUGACUUCUUCUAUCCAGAAAACCCACGGAGAAGGCAAGAAGUAAACCGUCUUCACCAGCAGCUACUUGAUUGCCUAUCUGAUAGCUUCCAUGCCACCAAUAAGCUGAUUGGGGUUUUAAACAUGCACUUGGGGUGCAAGCUGGCCUCCAUUGAGAUGAAAAGAGAUGGGACCAUCAAAGAAAACUGUGAUAUCAUCAUCCAAGCCAUGAUGAAAAUCCAAAAGGAAUUGCAAAAGGUUGAUGAAGCCCUAAAAGAUAAACUAGAGCCAACCCUCUACAGAAAACUUCAAGAUAUUAAAGAAAAGGAAACAGAGAAAAUUGCAAUAGUACAAAAGGUCAUUUCAGUCAUCCUGGGAGAAGCUACUUCUGCAGCCAGUGCAGUCGCUGUUAAACUUGUAGGCUCAAAUGUCACAACUGGCAUCAUUAACAAGUUGGUCACUGUGUUAGCUCAAAUUGGUGCUUCUCUCCUUGGUAGUAUAGGAGUUGCUGUUCUUGGCCUUGGCAUAGAUAUGAUCUUCCGUGCCAUCCUGGGAGCAGUGGAGAAAACACAGCUUCAAGCAGCCAUUAAAAGUUAUGAGACGCAUCUGGUGGAAUUCAAGUCAGCUUCAGAAAAAUAUCAUCAUGCCAUUACUGAGGUCACCAACACAGUGAAACAGCAAAUGAAAUGAACAGCCACUGUGCCCCUGGAAUAGUUUUCUACUUCUCAAUAUAGUGUUUUGCUCCUUUGAUUAGGUUCAUUUUCUGUAUGUUUCCAACAUGGACAGAAAUACAGUUAACAACUUGGAAAGAUGUUUUAAGAGAUGCUAAAAUUAGAAGACUCCAGAGUUUUGUAUCAACAACAAAUGCCUACAUUGGUUGGUGCUAGAGGUAAAAGAUUAUAUCCCAGGAUGCUUCUUACUUUGCUCUACCAGAUCAACUUUAGGUUAAAUGCUAUGGGUGUGGGGAUUACCUUUCCCUUUUCUAACUCCCCAAAUCAUCAAAAUUUAUGUUGAAUGAGGAGAGUUUUAUUUCUACCACUAGCUUCAGACAUCAUUUAGUACUAAGGGGAUGUACUUAGUAACUUCUGCCUAGACACUAACUGUGGACUUUGAGUGAAAUAGAAAUACUACCAUAAUUUUGACCCUCAGUUUUUAAGGCUAAUUUUUAAUAAACUGGGAGACACUGGCAUAUGGGUUGUAACAAUUUACUUCAGUGAUAAAAGGACACAAUGGUUCUGUAACUUCUACUAAUUACACCUUAUAAAUUUGAAUGGAUUUUUUAAGAGAUAAAAGCUAAAACUAAAAA